AUGCCAGCGGCAGCUGUUUCGAAGAUUCGCGGUACGAGUGAACUCGAUCAAUAUCACAUGUCCGAGAACGAGGCACUGAUGGUCGGCAUCAUGUCGGCCGAAGACGGCAGCAUCAAGGUCGUCAUCUCCGCGCCGAAGUCGCCUCCGCUCCUCGGAGCCAAGACGGCGUGCGGCGCGAAGGGCGUCCCAAUCACGGACGGCACCGCGGGGUCACGCACCUCCGCGGCGGUGCUCGACGAGGGACCGGGCUACGUGGUCGGCGUCGAGGCCGAAGUCCGCCGGCUGGGCGAGAGCGUCGUCUACCAGGCUACGCCCGCCGACGGCAAGAAGUCGCCGUCGCCGGGAGUCCCCACAUCCGGCGGCAUUGCGCCCGUGGCGCCCAAGCCCCUUGGCGCGGUCGCGGGCGCGGGGCAGGCCGACGCCGCGUCACGCGAGUACUAUCUCGCCGUGCGCGACAAGGCGAUGGCCGCGAUCUUGCUCACCAAGAUACAGCGUGCGAAGCUGGACGCCGAGCGGUCGGGGUGCGGGUGCAAGUGCCGGCGCAAGGCCAUGCGCUGCCGCAACAACCCCAAGUUUGGCAAGGCAAAGGGCAGGCGCAAGCGUCAUUCGCCGCUGGCACGUGCGGCGCCGGCGCUGGCACAUGCGGCGCCGUCGCUGGCACAUGCGGCGCCGGCGGGCGGCUACACGAAGGCCGAGGGCGCCUUCCGGUGGCUGCUCCUCGUCUGCAUGCCCGCCUUUGGCCACUGCGCGCCCGCCGUGCCUAGCCCGGCGGCGGUGGCCUCGGCCUUCUCGUCUGCCGUCGCCUCGGCGUCCUCUACCUUCUCAUCCGGCGUCGCCUCGGCGGCGUCCUCGGCCUUCUCGCCCGCCGUCGCCUCGAAGGCGGCCUCGCUCGUGAGCUGCUCGCCGUUUCUCAUGCCCGCCCUCGUGGUCAUCCUCCUCGCCAUCGCCUGCGGCGCCUCCUGGCCGACCGCGGCGAGCGGAAAGGGGGCUCGGCGCGGCGUGGCGUGGGCCGUCUGCGUCGCCGCCGCCGCGGCGUGCCUCCCCGGCGCAGCAGCGGCUCCCGUGGAAUCCCGCUCGCAGCAGUGUUUGACCCUCUUUCACGUGCUCCGGUAA